UUCAUUGGUUGCUCCGAAUUUCUUGUUAACAUCAUCCUCCACUGAUCAAUUUUUCUGCCUAAACUUUUGGCUCAUGACAAAUACCGUACGCAAACAUUUGCCUUUUCAAUAUGAAGUUACUCAUCUUAUAACAAUAGGGGUAUAUAAUUAAGACACCAAAAACUAAAGAUAAAUUUUUUACGCAAUUUGACUCCAAAGGGAGAUUCAUGGCCAAAGAAACUGUAGAAGGGCCUCAAUAUUUUGAUCUGAGCACUGGAGCAAAGAUUCCUGCAGUUGGUCUUGGAACAUGGAAAGCUGCUCCAGGUGUUGUGGGUGAAGCUGUUAUUGCUGCCGUCAAGGCCGGUUACAGACAUAUAGAUUGUGCUAAGGUGUAUGAUAACGAGAAAGAGGUAGGAGAGGCUCUGAAAACACUAUUUUCUACUGGGGUUGUAAAGCGUAGUGAGAUGUUCAUCACAUCAAAGUUAUGGACCAGUGACUGUGCUCCUGAAGAUGUCUCAAAGGCACUGACAAGGACUCUUGAGGACCUGCAACUUGACUACAUUGAUUUAUACCUUAUGCAUUGGCCGUUUAGGACAAAGCCAGGUUCAAGAGGUUGGGACCCUGAGAUUAUGGCUCCAUUGUGUCUUCCGGAUACAUGGAAUGCUAUGGAAGGUUUGUUUGCAUCAGGUCAAGCGCGUGCAAUUGGGGUGAGCAACUUUUCAACUAAGAAGCUGCAAGACAUGCUUGGAUAUGCUAAAAUUCCACCAGCAGUUAACCAAGUUGAAUGUCACCCAAUGUGGCAGCAACAUGCUCUUCACAAUUUUUGCAUGUCCACUGGUGUUCAUCUCACAGCAUAUUCUCCUUUGGGCUCUCCUGGGUCAUGGAUAAAAGGGGAAGUCUUGAAGGAACCACUGUUGAUUGAAAUUGCUGAAAAGCUUAACAAGUCUCCAGCACAAGUGUCGUUGCGUUGGGGAAUCCAAAGUGGCCACAGUGUUCUUCCAAAAAGUGUAAAUGAAUGUAGGAUCAAGGAAAACCUUAGUUUAUUUGAUUGGUGUAUUCCUCAUGAGCUCUUCUUAAAAUUAUCACAGAUUCACCAGCAAAGGUUACUUCGUGGUGACACUGCAGUUCAUGAAACUUGUAGUCCUUACAAAAGUCUCGAAGACUUAUGGGAUGGAGAAAUAUGAAAUGCAAAUUAUUUCUGAUGAAUCUGAGACGUUAUUUUACACUGAAUUCUAGUUGCUGAUAGAAAUUGUGGGAAUGUUUUAACUUUUGUAUUGUCCAAAGACGAGCACCCCUUUUCCUUGGGGUUGUAUAUGAUUCUUCACAUUAAUAGAAGA